AUGAGCAAGAUGAGCAAGAUCAGUGACAAACAUUCAACUUCUUCCGAGGGGUCGCCUUUUCCUGGGAAGGAAGCGGGAGAUCUCGAAGCGGGCCAUGCAGCGAACAGCUUCCUCGAGCCAUCCCUCGACGCCGAAGUUGAUACCGAUCCUAACCUCGUCACUUGGGAUGGGCCAAAGGACCCAGAAAAUCCCAAAACUGGCCUAAAGAACACCUGGACCGUCUCUCUCUUUGUCUUCAUCUCGCCCGUAUCGUCGUCAAUGAUUGCUCCCGCCAAGGACGAUCUCGCCAAGUCCUUGGGUAUGCACACGGAUAUUGAAAUAUACCUGUCCUUGAGUAUAUUUAUUCUCGCCUACGCCAUUGGUCCCGUCUUCUUCGGUCCGGCGUCGGAGCUCUACGGUCGGCAACGCGUGGUAUCUGGCCUGGAAUAUGGGAUGCGGUUUCGCCACGACCAAGGCUCAGCUUUUUGCUUUUCGUUUUCUAGCCGGCAUUGGUGGCAGCGCCCGCUAACUAUUGGGGCCGGAGCCAUCAGCGAUAUGUGGACGGCGGAAGAACGUGGCAAGGCCAUGGGUGUCUACACUCUCGGACCGCUUCUGGGACCCGUGAUCGGACCGAUUGCUGGCGGGUUUAUCGCGGAGUAUUCAACCUGGCGCUGGGUAUUCUGGGCCACCUCUGCCGCUGCCGUCGCAGUGCAGGCGGUUGGAUUCCUCUGGUUACGGGAGUGCCACCCAGACACGCUUCUACGGAAGCGACGAGACCGUCUUGCCAAGGAAACAGGAAACGAGAAUCUCCAUACCGCAGAGAGGGUUGAGACACUGGGUUACAAGCUUCUCCAUGCCUUUGAGCGGCCAGUGCGGAUGUUCACGACGCAGCCCAUCAUCUUCUGUAUGGCCAUCUACAUGGCAUACCUCUUCGGAAUCACGUAUCUGAUGCUUGCAACCUUCCCCGAGAUUUGGACCAAGGUCUAUCACGAGAGUUCCGGGAUCGGCGGUCUCAACUAUCUUUCAAUUGCCAUUGGAUCCUUCACCGGGCUAUUCUUCAACCUCAAACUUGUUGACCGCAUCUACAAAAGACUUAAAUCGCGAAACAACGAGGUCGGCAAGCCCGAGUUCCGCAUGCCGUCGUUGGCCGUCGGCUCGGUGAUCAGCACCGUUGGGCUCUUCUGGUAUGGCUGGAGUAUUGGGAGGACGCACUGGAUAAUGCCCAACAUUGGCGCGCUAAUCUUCACCAUGGGCACGAUUUCUUGCCUGCAGGGUAUGCAGAUGUACAUUGUCGACAGCUACCAAACUUACGCGGCCAGCGCCGUGGCUGCUUGUGCCGUGCUUCGCAGUUUGUGCGGCUUCGGAUUCCCGCUAUUUGCCCCGUACAUGUACAAUGCCCUGGGAUAUGGAUGGGGCACCAGUGUGCUGGCUUUCAUCACCAUGGCCAUAGGUUGGGGGGCGCCGUUUGCCUUCUGGCAUUUUGGUCCCCAGCUCCGUGCUAUUACCAGAUAUGCCGCGGGCUAA